UUUCUAUGCUGUUGUUUUGUUAGUUUUAUGUAAGGCUAGGUCAGCGAAGAAUUUUAUUUUUAUUUUUGAUGAUUACAUACAUUUUUUUCUAUUAAUUUUAAUGUUAUAAAUGAAUUUAAAUGAGUGCGUUUAUCAGCCCGUUGCAACUUUUGAACCUCCUAUUAAUUUAGAAUUAAAUUCUUCCCUUUCGGAUAUUUCUCCAACUAUAUCAGACGAAGAAUAUAUUCGCCCUGAUAUAAAAUUGCAUCGAGGCUCUAAAUUCAUUAAUACAUCAGUGUACAUCACAACAAUGCCCCCUAGCAAACGCGUAACACGCAAAUGGGAGGUAUUUGCUGGACGCAAUAAAUUUUUUUGCGAUGGCUACCUCAUGACCGCUCCCCAUUCUGGUGUCUUCUAUUUGACUGUAAUACUCAUUUCUGUGACUAGUGGAUUAUUUUUUGUUUUUGACUGUCCAUUUUUAUCAUAUCAUGUAUCACCACUAUUACCAGUUGUGGGGGCUUUAUUAUUCGCAUUUACGAUGAGUUCUUUGUUGAGAACUUCUUUUAGUGAUCCAGGUAUAAUACCUAGGGCUCCUUCUGAUGAAGCAAUGUACAUCGAACAACAAAUAGAAAUACCAAAUUCUGUGAAUAGUCCAACGCACAGGCCUCCACCUCGUACAAAAGAGGUUCUUGUGAAAGGUCAUUGCGUUAAAUUAAAAUAUUGCAUAACUUGCAAAAUAUUCCGUCCUCCUCGGGCUUCCCAUUGCAGCUUUUGCGAUAACUGCGUGGAAAGAUUCGACCACCAUUGCCCAUGGGUUGGUAAUUGCGUGGGCAAAAGAAAUUACAGAUUCUUCUACAUGUUUAUUGUCUCUCUUGCAUUUCUCGCUGUCUUUAUAUUCGCAUGUGCUAUAACCCACCUAAUUAUGUUGACUAAAGAUGAUAAGCAAUUUUUGGAAGCUGUUAAGGAGAGCCCCCCAAGUGUAAUCGUGGUUGUGAUAUGCUUUUUUUCUGUUUGGUCUGUUUUAGGAUUAGCUGGAUUUCAUACUUAUUUGAUUACCAGCAAUCAAACAACCAACGAAGAUAUAAAAGGUUCAUUUAGUGCGAAGGCAGGCCAAUUAUCCUCUAACCCUUACUCUAGAGGCAAUGUAUGUUUAAACUGCUUUCAUAUUCUUUGUGGACCUGUAACUCCUUCAUUAAUUGACAGAAGAGGCAUAGUCGCAGGAGAUUUAAAUGGAGAUUGCCUAUAUGGUGACAAACAAAAUGAUCUUGUCAUAACAAAUAAAAAUUUUUCACAUAUGGAGAAUGUAGAAAUUUUAAAUAAGAGUGGUGAUUCUCUACCUCAUGGCAUUUACAGAAAUCGUCCUGACAGCUUUGAUCCCAAUAGUUCGAGUGCUACGCAUUUAGUAAGCAAUGAAAUAGCAUUAGCAACAUUACCAAAUGGAUUAGGGGAAGGUACGAUGGCUGAUGUUGGUGAUAUUAAUAAUUCAAAUCAGAUGUCGAAACAAAACAGUGGUAGUUACAACAAUUUAUUUAAUGUGGACAGCUGUACUACAGAAACUGAAGUAUGUUCUGAGGCUGUACCACAUGAUUUAAAACCUCUGGAAUGUGGAAACAUCUAUUCCAAUAUUCCUAGUGUUGAUUUUAUGCAAGGUGGUGAUGGUAAAACUGAUGAUGCAAGUAUGCAUUUGUAUUCCAAUAUCCCAGUGGCAUCUGCAGUGAAUGAAGAAAGAAACAUUGGUUUCAAUAAUGAUUUAGAUUUGGAUCCCGUGGAACUAACGAGUAACAUGGCUAAGGUCCAAGUGAGAAAAAUAGCUAAAGAGUCUAUGCAUGGCACAGAAUUUUAUAAAAAUAAUUUAAAUUUAAAGGGUACAACAAAAAAGGAUAACGGUGAUGACAGUAAAAACAGUAUUAUUAAUUUUGAAAACUGUAAUCAGACGAAUGCUCCAAAUAGUAACGAUACAGUGUUAAGUGCUAGUAGAUUACAACUUCUCCAAGAUACAACGAUGAUAGAUACAGCUCUUGACUUAGAUAGUUUGGAUGGUUCCAGCAUUGGUAACAGUUCUCAAGUGGGUUUAGUGAAGAUAGUGAACUAA